CUCGCUGUUUGCGUUCGUCUUCACCCUCACCGUGCCUUUGUCCUUCGCCCUCACCUUAGUCAUGAUACGAUUCAUAGCGCUAGGCCACCGGCAUCAUCGAGAUGGCCGUCGUUGCAAUCACCACUGUCGCUGUCGGUCAGCAUGGCCGCCGUUCUCGCUGAGUGAACGCCAUGUCUGACCUCUACAGCUGAAGGCACUGCUUGCAGCGACGCCCACCUGUUUCGCCCGAGUAGCUGCGCGCGCCAGCCAUGGCUGCGCAGUCCGAGCCGAUGAGUCCAGUGGGGGGAGCCAAGAGGCUGAGCGCAGCCCAGGGCGACGCAGAGACGCCCAUGCCAGAGUGGCUGUGUAAGGCUGGCUCGACCAAGUCGUUGCGGGACCUGCUGCGCAGCGCUCUGCCGGACAAGCAGAGCUACAUCGACGGCUGGAUAGCGGCGCUGGCGGCGCCCGCCAUCUGCGUCGAGACCAUCGAGGACGUGAAGCGCCUGGACGAGGCCGACAUACCAGGUCUACCAGUGCCUCCCCUCGUCAAGAGCACGUUCCGCAAGCUGAUCGACGUGGAGCACUCCAGGGCGCAGGAGGAGCAGCUCAUCCUGGAGGCGACGAAGGCCCGGGCACAGAAGUUCAUCGCGCCCCUCCGGGACCGCAACAUGCAGCCGCCCUUGGCGGGCUCCAAGUACUUCCAGGACCUGAGGUCGUACCGCCUGGUCAUGACGAAGGAGGAGAUCGACGCCGGCGUGCGGAUCGUCUCGCGCCGCAUAGAGACCUGGUGCAAGGGCGAGCGGAUCGUGUUGGUGGCCAUCCUCAAGGGCGCCUUCAUGUUCCUCUCGGACCUGUGCCGGACGCUCACCAGACCGUACUCGGUGUUCUUCGUGGAGGCCUCGUCCUACAAGGCGGGCCGGACGCAGGGAGGCGGUGUCGACAUCAACGACAUCAGCGCGGAGAAGUUCUGCGAUUCCACGACGCACGAGAGGAGCAAGGUGGUGCUGCUUGACGAGCUCCUGGACAACGGCAAGACGAUGCAGGAGAUCAAGCUGUACUUCAUGAACAAGCUGGCGGCCACCCACUCGGAGAACGACUUCCUGACCGUCUGUUUGUUCAGCAAGGAGCGGCCGCGCGACUACCCGGACGCGGACAUCACGGGCGUGCCUUGCCUGCCCGACCUGUGGCUCGUGGGCUACGGCCUGGACGACCGCGGCACGAAGCGGGGCUGGACGGAGCUCUUCGCGAUCCCCAAGGUCAAGAUCGUGGAGACCAUCGAGAAGGAGGAGGUGGAUCGCCUGAUGUCGGCGCUCGACGACGACGCGGUGCUGCGAUCUCCGCUCGUCUUCGGGAACAUGGAGUUCACGUACAACAACAAGAUGCGGUUCCGCCUGACCGGCGUGGACGUGCGCGGUGGCUUCGACGUGCACAAUUCCAGCUCGCCCGUCAACGUGUCGAGCACGGACGUGGGCGCAAAGGUGUCCAGCAAAGCCGAUAUCACGACUGCUUUGACGGGGCUUGCAAUCGUGAAGGGGAAAUACGAGCAAGAGCUGAAGUUCGCCUUCAUUCAGGAGAACGUCAACCUGGUGCCAGAAGACUCCAUUUUCUCCGGCAACAAUCAGGAGUACGCCCGCCUGCGGUUCCGAAUCCGGCAGCACCUGGCCAGCGAGGCACGCCGCUUCGGCGUCGACGGGCCAGGCUGCGUGUUGCCGGAGGCCGCUUGAGCAGCGCCGCGGCGCCGCGCCUCCGCAGCCGGCUUCGACCAGCCGCCCGCCGCGGGCGCACGUGUGGGGACGGCGCCGCGCGGGGGCGGCUGUGGAGGUCAGUGUGGGGACGGCGCCGCGCGGAGGCGGCGGUGGAGGCGAGGGCGACGUCACGCAAGGGGAUCCUCGGCUGGGGGUCGCUUCCGCCGCGCCCGAGGCGCCGCCCGCGGCGGCGCCCUCCGCGCCGGGCGAGGGGCCAGGCUGCAGCCGCUGCGCGGGCGCGCUUCGGCGGGGGCGAGG